AACUAGAGGUGUGGAUUCAGUGACUCCCUUAUAAUAUCCACGUGGCACUCUACUCCCAACACAUGAUUGUCAUUUUCCACACAUAUCGUCUUUUUCUCGCAAUCGCCACAAUUUCUGGGCGUACCACAUUCAUUAAUGGCUUGAGAGCAUCCACAAUUGACCUCCACACUUCCCUUAUCUUCUUAACUUAAUUUGUUCGACUCCAAUUUGGAUUUCUUUCAUCACAGAUCAAGAUACCACUCGGUAACUACUCAUUACACCUCAAAAUUCUCCUUAAUCUUCCAGUAUUACUGUCAAUUCAAGGGCUUUUUACUAUGGAUCCAGUAGCCGAAUCACAGAAGUUUUUUCGCAGGAUCUCACAAAGUAGCAACAUCAUGCUCUUCUUGCUCUGGCAUGUAGUUCACUUAAUACUCAGUGUUUUAUACAUUGUUCGGGAGAUCUUUCGCGCGAUUGAAAACUACCUUAUAACAAACGGAUACGUGAAAACGUACACCAAUCUAAAUUUAGAUCGAGUCAAAUAUCUUGGAAUUGUUAUCGACAGUGAUGAAGCCCGUAACACUUCAAAAGUGGUUGAACUUUUAGAGUGGCUUUCAGCCUUAGGCGUGAAAAAGCUCUGCCUUUAUGACCGCGAAGGAGUGUUGAAAAAGUCAAAGGCGGUCUUCAUGGAGAGAUUUGGCUCUACAGAGAAUUCAGUAGCCGGUCCACUUGUCAGUAAAAAACGUAUGGACUUCGAAUUUGUUUCAAUCACCGAUGGAAAAGAAGCAGUUGCCAAAGCAGCUAACCUACUCUUCAAAAAGUAUUACGUGGAUGGAGAUUCAGAAAAACCGUUCUUUACUGAAGCCCACUUAACUGAUGCAUUAAAGACCCUCGGUGCCGUAGAGCCAGAUCCUGAUCUUUUAUUAAUUUACGGGCCAGUGAGGUGCCACCUUGGUUUUCCAGCCUGGCGAAUUCGUUACACAGAGAUGGUGCAUAUGGGACCACUAAAGUACAAGAAACUUGGUUUGAUUAUGAAAGCUAUUCACAGAUUCACUAAGGUGAAGCAAAACUAUGGUUCAUAAGAUUCUAGUACUGAGGACGAGUUGAUGACUUAAGGGGAGCAAAAUGCAAAGUGUAGGGUCGCUACUUCUUACUGAAGUGAGCAAUUCAGAUACAUUUGUGGUUUUGUGUUUAUCUGUAUUUUGAAAACAAUAAGUAAUUUAAAUACUUGUUUUAAAAUCCUGUUUGCAAAGAGUACUGAUUCGGUUCGUUUU